UAACGUGAUCAUAUCUUUUACUGUGAGCGUAACUGAACAAACCGGAUGAACAAGUCUGUACAUCUGAUCGAGUCACUUCGCUCUUAAAACUCUUAUAGCAAUCUUACACUCUUAAGGAUCUUUUAGGACACUUUAGGAUGAUAGGCCAAGAUGCAGAUGAAGUGGAUUAAACUCUGGAUUCUGUGUUUACUGCUGUCAGUUAAUGGAUGUGGUUCCCACUCUCUUCAGUGGUUGUCUACAGGACGUGUGCAGCCUGGCGAUAAGCCUUCGUUUGAGCAACUAACUGUAUUUGAUGGAGUUCCCAUCUCUUACUGUGACUCCUCGACGAAACGAGAACAGCUCAAACCUACCCUGGAAUCAAAAAGCUUCCCCGAACACUGUUCUGAAGCAUUUUAUAAUAUCUUAGGAUCUCUCCACGACAUUCCACCAACUAUGAACAGCACAGUGUCUGUUGUACAACGGCGGCGUGGCUGCAUCCAGACAGCCAAUGGGACGGUGUCUACUUUUGAAGCCUGGGCAGUGAAUGGGAUGGACUUCAUAAGCUUUGACCCUGAGUCUCAGAGAUGGACAUCCCAGUCUCCCUCUGCAAUAGCAGUUAAACAACGUUGGAACAAAGACAGGGGAAUGAAUUUUGCCUUUAGACACUUCAUCAGAGAAGAAUGUCCACGACUGAUCCAGAAAAUUCAAUUAAGAUCAAUAGACCAAAAAACAGAGCUUCGGGUAUUUGCCAAGCCCAUUGUUAACACAGCCCAGGCACUGCUGAGGUGUCACGUGACGAGUACUGACAAAUCAUUGAGCACGGUGCAUCUGAUUGGAGAUGGGGCUUCCAGAACCAGUUGGAUCACCGUAACUGGACCAAUGCCUUCUGAAGACGGAGCUGUGAUCCUCAGACUGACAGCUGGAAUCUCCUUGAGACAAAGUACCAACAAGUACGGCUGCACAGUACAAACAGGAGGUCACAACAUCACCGUCUUUUGGGAUGGGAGUACUCUUGACGGCAGAUACCUUCCUAACCAGUCGAGUGUCCGUUGGGAAAUUCUGACACUAAUUCUUGGAGUCUGCUGCAUUGUGUUUACAAUCACUUUGAUAUCCUGCGUAAUGGUAUUUCUACUUAAAUGUGUGAAGAUGAAGUCCCGUCCUACUGCAAGAGUUGAUCCACGGCUGAUGGAACAGUUUACCAGGAUCAUGCAGAGCGUUGCUUCUCCAGAUCUGCAGAACGUUAUUUUUUCAUUCACGCGGGGUACAGAGAGAAACAGAGAGUACCAGGACCAGUGGGAGGUGAUGAUUAGGAUAAGGGAUCUAAUGUACUAUGAUCCAGAUUACUUUGCUCAUCACAUUAACGGGGCACAUCAAGAAGGAGAAGAGUUGAGCAGGGAAUUUGAAAUAGUAGAAACAGAAGUUUAGUUAUUUAAUAUUAUAAUCGCAUUUUUAAAUUUGAACACACUGUACAUUAUAUAAUUUUAAUAUGUACUUUAUAUCAUUACAUUAACAAAACCAGGCCUAUUAUUACUGCUGGAAUCUAACAUGAAUCUGAUUUAAAAAAGCAGCUUCUGGACCAACCCCUGGCUGCCUGUAAAAAAGCCCAGAGCAGCCACUGUUCAUAAUCACAUUUCCAUCAGAUGUAGUAUUAUGUGCAGGCCUUCUGUCUCCAGGCAGUAGUGCACAGCGGGCAUGCUGACUUACCGGCCGUGUAGAAAUGCAUUCAUUACUCACUAGUGAGAUGUUUAUGAUAUUACCUGACCGUUUUAUUCUUUAUCAUGCUGGAUUUUAUUGUCAUUCUUUUAUAGUCAGAGUGAAUGUAGACAAUAUAUAUAUAUUUUUUUCUACCAUCAUGUGUAGCAUUUAUCAAUAAGGAUAAUACUGUGAAUCAAUUCUGCUGCAAAUUCUUCAGCUCUACCUUUCAUAUGCUACUAUUCUGCAUUAGUAAAACACAUUUUAGGGGAAAUGUGACGCCACACAGGACACUUUGUUAACAUCAUAUCAGACAGAAUACACAUUGGACAAACAGUAUAUACAUAAACACUCAGUAAAUGUUGAAUAUAUUAUAUUAUUAAUAUAACGCUGAUUUCAAUCUGCAUUGGUUUACUUUAUGAGCAUCAGGAGAAUAGUGUGCAUAGACCGCCCUAUAACUAACGCCUCCAUUUCUUGUUAAGCUACUAUCCAUUUCCAGUAUUAUUUAACAUGCAUCUAACAUGCUACCUGUCUGCACUGACCCAAGUACCAAACUCGUGUCAUGUCCUAUUCUGAUAAACAGGAUUCACAUUUAUUCCAAUUCCUCCUUUUUUCUCAUGUUUUUAUUUGUUUUGUGUCACAUGAUGAAAACCAACUGUAAAUUUGAGUCCAAACAUAAGAUUGGAUCUGCUUUCUCUCACUGAUUGAUUGACAGGAGGAACACUAGUUUUCUGUUGCCGUUAAAGAAGUGUUUCCAUCAGUAUUGUCUUUAAAAACAAGCCUUUAUUUUUAAUUACAAUAUGGUGAGGAACUCAAACUCUUCAUUUUUGGGAGUGAAUGACUUCAAAUGUAUGUUAUCAAAAAACAACAAUAAAAUAAAUGAAGGACUACGUUUUAUGGAUAAGGCCAGCAGGGUUUCUAUCCUCUCCUGUACAGUUGUAAGUAUUUUAUGUUUUUCUAUUAUUUCAUUUCAACAUAUUUUGUGCAAUAAAAAUAAAUCUAAAUCAAAUUCUUAA